AUGUUUGAUGUGGAUGAAUGUAAAGUGAAUUCAUCUGUAUGUGGUCCAAAUUCCAACUGCACAAAUGUAAAUGGAGGUUACAGUUGCUCAUGUUUAGAUGGAUUUACAGCAACAUUCCCAAAUCUCACCAUCAGCAUCAAUAACACAUGCACAGAUGUGGAUGAAUGUCAGCUAAACUCAUCUGUAUGUGGACCAAAUUCAAACUGCACAAAUAUAAAUGGAGGUUACAAAUGCUCAUGUUUGGAUGGAUUUACAGCAACAUUCCCAAAUAUCACCAUCAGCAUCAAUAACACAUGCACAGAUGUGAAUGAAUGUCAGGUGAAUUCAUCUGUAUGUGGACCAAAUUCCAACUGCACAAUAACUACACCACAACCAACAACUACAGAACAACCAACAACAACAACAACUACAACUACUACUACAGCACAGCCAACAACAAUACCUACAGCACAACCAACAACAACAACUACAGCACAACCAACAACAACUACUACAGCACAAACAACUACAACUACUACAGCACAAACAACUACAACUAUUGCACAACCAACAACAACAACAACACAAGCAACAACAACUGUAGGAAAACCAACAACAAAUACAGCACAACCAACAACUACAGCAACUACAGAACAACCAACAACAACAACUACAACAACUACUACUACAGCACAGCCAACGACAACAACUACAGCACAACCAACAACUACAGCACAACCAACAACAACAACAACUACUACUACAGCACAGCCAACGACAACAACUACAGCAAUACCAACAACUACAGCAACUAUAGUACAACCAACAAAAACAACUACUACUACAGCACAGCCAACGACAACAACUACAGCACAACCAACAACAACUACAGCACAACCAACAACAACUACAGCACCACCAACAACAACUACUACAGCACAAACAACUACAAGUAUUGCACAACCAACAACAACAACUACAGCAACAACAACUGUAGGAAAACCAACAACAACUACAGCACAACCAACAACUACAGCAACUACAGUACAACCAACAACAACAACUACAACUACUACUACAGCACAGCCAACGACAACAACUACAGCACAACCAACAACAACAACUACAGCACAACCAACAACAACAACUACUACUACUAAAGCACAGUCAACGACAACAACUACAGCACAACCAACAACUACAGUACAACCAACAAAAACAACUACAACUACUACUACUACAGCACAGCCAACGCCAACAACUACAGCACAACCAACAACAACUACAACAACAACAACAACUACAGCACAAACAACUAAAACUACUGCACAACCAACAACAACAACAACAACACAAGCAACAACAACUGUAGGAAAACCAACAACAACUACAGCACAACCAACAACUACGGCAACUACAGUACAACCAACAACAACUACUACUACUACAGCACAGCCAAUGACAACAACUACAGCACAACCAACAACUACAGCAACUACAGUAAAACCAAAAACAACAACAACUACUACUACUACUACUACUACUACUACUACUACAGCACAGCCAACGACAACAACCACAGCAAAACCAACAACUACAGCAACUACAGUACAACCAACAACAACAACUACUACUACUACUACAGCACAGCCAACGACAACAACUACAGCACAGCUAACAACUACAGCAACUACAGUACAACCAACAACUACUACUACUACUACUACUACUACUACUACUACUACAGCACAGCCAACGACAACAACUACAGCACAACCAACAACUACAGUACAACCAACAACAACAACUACUACUACAGCACAGCCAACAACAACAACUACAGCACAACCGACAACUACAACAACUACAGCACAACCAAAGACUACAGCAACUACAGUACAACCAACAACAACAGCUACUACUACAGCACAGCCAACAACAACAACAACAACAACUACAGCACAACCAACAACUACAACAACUAAAGCACAACCAACAACAACAUCAGCAGCAACAACAACAACUACAACACAAACAACAACGGCAACAAAUACAGCAACACCAACAACAACAACAACAACUACUACAGUACAACCAACAAGAACAACAACUGGAGCAAAACCAGCAACAACAUCAUUAGCAACAACAACUACAACAACUUCUACAGUAAAACCAACAACAACAACAACAACAACUACAGCACAACCAGCACCAACAAAUAUAGCAACAGAAGCAUCAACUACAAUGAAACCAACAGAAACAGGGUUCAGCGAGGUCUUAGGCUAG